AUGUCGACGCAUCAAUGGAAUGCAACAGCACCUUCGCCCCCAUCUUAUCCGGAGCAUAUCCCACCACUGGGUCCAAAAAGGUGCAAUAUCAAAUGCCCCUUUUGCAAUAUUCAGGUGAUCACGUCUAUAUCUCAUACUACAACUACUAGAACUCAUUUUUUCGCGUUUAGCAGCAUUCUUUGCUGUUGCUGUGUACCGUACUGCAUGAAUUCAACAAGAAACACCGAUCAUUACUGUACAUCUUGCCACGCAUUUCUUGGUACCUACAAAAAGUAG